AUGGCGCAUUUCUCAUUGGAGCGUGUGUUAUCUCCUGUGCCGACGUCUGCAUUUCCAGCUGUUUCAGAAGUUCUUUCCUCGAUACCCUCGCACCUUUGCCCUCCAUUUUUGCAGAAAGUGCUGGAAACAAAGCAUGAAGUGAAUCUAAGCCUGAAGCAAGUGGAGAACGUUUUGUGGAAAAUCGAAACCUUCUUGCCCUGCAUGGUGAGUUUAAAGAAGUACCAGGAGCUUGUCCCAGAUGUUCCCACCGUCUGCGUGCCGUCUCUGGCAACGUCAUGCGCUUGCUGUGGUGGUGCCUUAGAGGACAAGGCAGGUAGAUCUUCUUCCCGCUUAGUGAACAAUUUGCGUGGAAGUGAUGAGAUGGACAAUCGUUUCCUGAUUUUCACUCAAGCAGCUGGUGUUCUCUUUGCGGAGUUCAAGGAAGGGUUUUGCUCUGCUUGUCGAUUGUAUUUUCUUGGUUGCUGGCAAUAUGAGAAAAAGGCUGGGGCCUUUCAUCACAUGGACAAGCUGCACUGCUGCGGGUUACAGGCGGAUGUGGAUGUGUUUGUCGUCCCUCGUUAUCGAAGCUUCUUCGCCGUUGAAAUCGGGUUGCUGCAUUCAAUCACAGAUGAAAUUUCCCAUAGCGGCGCGACCUUUUCCUCUGCUGUGCUGCGAUGGGUGAAGCAACACCCAGAAGAGGGCCAAGUUCGACUGCUGCAAGGAAAGGACCUGACCAUGCUAGAGCGUUGCCGCAAACGGUUAGAAGAGGCCUGGUACUUAUAUCACUGCAGCAAACUUAGCUGCGAAGCUUUGCGUGGCAUCCAGUGGCGCUUGACACAGGAGAAUCAUGACAUGUGUAGCUGCUUGGUUUUCAAAUUGCAUUGUCAGAAGGAAAUGUACAGUUUUGGGGUACGAGCAAAUGGAUGA